CCCUCACGACUGCGUCCGGUCCCUGGUCCAAGAGAAAGAGACAACUACGAGGAGGAUCUUGCCCGUAUGAUCGCUCAACUUGAACUUGCUGACCUCGAGAGAUUACAGACUGUAUAUGAUAACAAAGAGCGUCGAGGAGGACUCUCUGACCGUGAAGUUGCUUUCACAUUGUUGAUGCAGAAUGCUCGAGAGCUUGCGGAGUUCAAUUCUGAUCGGGCCUUUGCCCAGCGACUUGCUGUUGAACAA